CCCCUACCUCUGGGGGCGGAGCUGGCGCUGCUCCGCCCCCGCCCCUGCCAGCCUCGCUUUCAUUGAGUUCGCCGCGGCCCCGCCAGCAGCAGCUCCUCGCGCUCGCUCUGGGACCUGGGAAGGCGAGAGCUAGGGCGCAGGCGGGCGGGACUUCGGAGCAGGCUGGACUUAUGCGGGGCACGUGACCAGGCGGGGCCUGGGGAGGCCACGCUCCUUCACAGCAGUGGGCAGGGCCACGUCCCACCCUACCCUUCCCUUCCCCCCCAUCCUACCCCCUACCAGGACUGGGGGAGGAGUGACUACCCCCACCCUUUCCAGGUACAUCCCAGAGCCCUACCCUGAGCCUGAGUGGAAGAAGUGUGGAGGGCUUCCUCAGCCCAGGGAACAGCAUCCCUAGCAGUUGCCAUGGCAACCAGGAGGCAGUGAUGGGGCAACUGGUCCCCUGAAGUGACCACUGACCUGCCCCCAGGACAGGGCAGAGUGGCUGUGGGGCAUUACUCUCCUCUCCCUAGCCUAUACCCUUCACUGCCAUGGCUCUGCUGAAGGGGGCCCCAGGGCUGCUUCUAACUUUGGCCUUGCACUUGGUCUUGACUCUGAGCCCCUUCCCCAAUGCCUCCUUCUUCCCUCACUGGGAUUACUGCAUCCUGGGUGCAGGGCCCUCGGGCCUGCAGAUGGCCUAUUUCCUGGGGCAGGCUGGGAGGAACUAUGUGGUAUUUGAAAAGGCAGGGGCACCGGGCUCCUUCUUCACCCGAUAUCCCCGCCACCGAAAGCUCAUCAGCAUCAACAAGAGGUACACAGGCAAGGUCAAUAGCGAGUUCAACCUUCGACAUGACUGGAACUCCCUGCUGAGCCAUGACAAGCGCCUGCUCUUCCGCCAUUACUCCAAAGCUUACUUCCCCCACGCCAAUGACAUGGUGCGCUACCUGGGUGACUUUGCAGACAGAUUGAGCCUGCAGGUACAAUACAACACAGCCAUCGUCCAUGUUACACUCAGCAAGAACCAGCACGCCUGGAAUGGUCACUUCUUCAUCCUCACUGACCAGAAGGGCCGAGGCUACCAGUGCAGUGUGCUCUUUGUGGCUACAGGUGUGUCCAUUCCCAAUGAAAUCAACUUUCCUGGAUCAGAAUUUGUGGAGGGGUAUGAGUCAGUGUCUGUCAACCCAGAGGACUUUGUGGGCCAAAAUGUACUGAUCCUGGGCCGUGGAAACUCAGCUUUUGAGACAGCUGAAAACAUCCUUGGUUAUACCAACUUCAUCCAUAUGUUGGGUCGUUCCCGAAUCCGCCUCUCCUGGGCCACCCACUAUGUUGGAGACCUGAGAGCAGUCAACAAUGGCCUCCUGGACACUUACCAACUGAAGUCAUUGGAUGGCCUGCUGGAGACCGACUUGAAGAAUCUGGCCAUUGUGAAGGACAGUAAGGGAAGAAUGCACAUCACCCUCCCAGUCCUUAUGGAUGAACCCAUUAAGAAUGUUACUGCCGAGGCCAUCUCCCUCCCCGAGGAUGAGAUAGACAACUUUGCCAUGCGGGUGCCCUACGAUCGUGUCAUCCGCUGCCUGGGCUACAAAUUUGACUUCUCUAUCUUCAGCAAAGCUCUAGGACUGGCCCCAAAGAAAGGGAAGAAAAAAAAGUACCCAUGGAUUAAAGCCAGUUACGAGUCCAAAGCCACCCGUGGACUCUUUGUUCUGGGCACCGCCAGCCACUCUGUGGACUACCGGAAAUCUGCUGGAGGUUUCAUCCAUGGAUUCCGAUACACAGCCCGAGUAGUUCACCGACUCUUAGAAUAUCGACAUCAUGGCAUCCCCUGGCCCUCUACUGUGCAUCCCAUCACACAGCUCACCAAUGCCAUUAUUCGCAGAGUGAAUGAAGCCUCAGGCUUGUACCAGAUGUUUGGUGUACUGGCUGAUGUCAUCCUUCUAAAGGAGAAGGCCACAGGCUUCGAGUACCUGGAGGAGUACCCCAUCAGGAUGCUGGCAGAGCUGGAGACCCUUAGUGGGCGGGAAGCCCAGCAUGGGCUCUUUGUGGUCACCAUGGAGUAUGGCAAGAACUUCUCAGGACCUGACAAGGAUGUCUUCUAUUAUGACCGGGCUGUGGGGGAGGUAGAAGAUGCCUGGCAGUCCAACUUCCUGCACCCAGUCAUCUACUACUAUCAGUGCCUCCCCACAGACAUAGAGGUGAUGUUCCCGACCCCAGGCUGGACUCUGCCACGCCCAGUGGCCAUCCACCAUAUUGUGGAGGACUUCCUCACGGAAUGGACUGCCCCCCUGUCCCACAUCCUCCCCCUGAGGCGUUUCUUGGAGAACUGCCUGUACACUGACCUUCGAGCCUUCUAUGCAGAGUCUUGCUUCCUGUUUGCUCUAACACGCCAGAAGCUGCCCCCCUUCUGCCAACAUGGGUACAUGAAAAUGCAGGGGCUCAUGGGAAAUGAGAGACUGAGGCGCCAUGGGAUUGAAAGUGGUCUCAUGGAGGACUACACCAUGGAUGAGCAGCCAGCUGACCAGAAGCCAGGAGUCCCCAGGAUUCCAAAUCACCCAUCCCAGCAUGCUACCAGCAUUAAGGAAGAACUUUGAUCCAUGAGACUAGGGAGGGGUGGCCUUACCCAGAACCCAAGCUGGAUCUAUCCUUUGUCUUUCCAAGCCUGGGGGACCCAGCCCCUUCCACAGGCUGCAAUUGCCAAAGACCUUCCUCAAUCAUAAGCAACAGGACAAAAAACAAUUUGGAGGACAAGAAGAGGCAGAAAUGCAGGCUGUGGUGCCCCCUCUACCCUCUCUGGAUACUUGGCACAUCCCUAUUUGGGCCUCUGUGGGGUCUGAGCGGUUGUCCAACGCAUGCCCAUCUCCAAUCACAAUCACUAAGCCACAAACUGGCCCAAUCAUGACACUUUUGACUGAACUCUGUGCUGCUGCUUUGGGGGAGGUGGGCUUGUUCUCUCCAGAGACCUUCUCUGAGUUUCCAUUUCAUAUGUCAAAUGCACUCUUCCCAAAAGCAUCUCUCCCCCUCCUGAGCCUUUGCACCCACUUCAGAAUCAUCUGUGCCCAGUAUGAAACUCCUUUUUGGUAAACCUUACCUAAACUCACACCAGAGUAUUUCUCUUCCUUUUCUGUCUAUGAUCCCAUCUCUGCCCUGUUGGUGUCCUGUUCAGUGUCCCCAGCCCACCCUCUCCCAGAUGGAUAGACUGUGAUCAUUUUGUCUGCCCUCAGCAAAAUGACAUAUAAUUAGCUCUUUCAUCCCUUCUCCAUAAUUGUUCACAAAGAGCCUGGUGCAACCCUGUGUAGUCAGGCCCAGAAUGUUCUCUGACAAGCUGGAAAACUUGACUUCCCUCUUCACUGAACUUGAUCCAUUUCUCCUUGUCCAUCUUGCAGUUUGCUUCCCAUUGUCUUGGCGAAACCUCCUCCUCAAUGAGUCUGUGCAUAGGUUCCCUCCCCUAUAUAUCGUUUCUGUAUUGCUUUACAGUCUACAAAGGCUGGAAGUGCAAGUAUCAACAUCCCCAUUCCAGAGAUAGGAAACCUGAGGCCCAAAGGGUCAAGUGACUUCCCCAAAUUCAUGUACCAUGGCCAGGAUCUGCACCCAAGUCUUCUGACUCACAAACCUCAGGUUCCUCUUUUGUACCAAGCCAAUCAAACCCUUUCAUAAAGGAAGAAAUAAUGUCUAUUUUAUCUAGCUCACAACAAAGCAAUCAGGAAGCACUAAGGAGUACUCCAGUUGGAGUGGAAAGCUGACCCCAGGGCUUUUACAGGUCUUUUGAUAAAAGAGAGGGCAUUUCUUUUGGCCAUUGCAACAUGUGAACAGUCACUUUUUCCUCCCUCAGGAUUACGUAGAUGACAUUUAGUUUUGUUCCUGCUUCUUCAUUGUACACCAGCAAGGGGUAGCAACUUCUUUAGUCCAAAUGCCUAUAUGCCUAUAUUUCUUGUUUUUUGGUUCCCACCCACAUCUCUAUGCCCUCCCUGUUGAUUCCUUAGCACACUGUAGAUGGAAGCCUAUCAGCAUUAGAUUGGACACAGCAAAACCCUCAAAGCUCCAUCAGUCAGGGAAGAGUCAUCGGCAGCAGAAGUUAGAAAUGGCCCUAAGCCCAUGGAUAGGUUCAGUUGUACCCUCUGCUUUUCAGUUUGUUUCAGGAACUUCACUUUGUAGGGAUGUCUCCCUAUUGCCAGGGAACAGAACUGAUGCUGUCCUGUGAGAUUCUAAAUUAAAGCAAGAUACAAGUUUACUAACUACAUGGCUUUUCUAAUUCCUCUGCAUGCAUAUAAUAAGGCUGAGCUUUACACUGAAUCCUUCUGUACCCAAAGCUCUUACCCAUUUGUACUCUGGAUAUACCCUUAUCAAAGGCAGCUUGAAAACUUGGUCAAUAAAAGUCCAAGAUGAUGUCACCAUUGAUUUACUGUUGUCUAAGUAUGGCAUCUGCUGUUUUUCUUCAUCUGCUAAUUCAGUCAGCAUACCUACCAGAUAGAUUCACUUUUAAUAAAACCAUGAUUCCAUUGCCUUCA